AUGCUCCUGCACCUUCCAGGAUCUGAGCACAGGAUGGGAAACCUCCCCUGCUUCCACCAGAUCAAUCCCCUAGUUUCUCAAGAUGGAGACCUGGUAAUUGGGAUCUUUUUAUCACUAUUCUCAGCUGAAGUGAACAGUAUUACAGGAGCAGACCUGUUUGCAAGUCCUCCUAACAAAGCUUGUAAGCCUUAUCAGUGGCUCCACAAAAAUUACCAGCAGGCUCUGGCUCUACUGUUUGCUGUAGAGGAGAUUAACAGAGAUUCCCAUCUGUUGCCCAACAUUUCCCUGGGAUUCCACCUCUACAACACUUACCACAGUGAUGAGAGAACCUUGGAGAGCUCCCUGAGGUGGCUGUCUGGCCAAGACCAGCCCAUUCCCAACUACAGCUGCAGGAAGCAGGACAAGGCUGUGGCUGUUAUUGGAGGAGUCACUUCAGCUCUCUCUGUCCAAAUGGGGACAAUACUCGACCUCUACAAGUUUCCACAGAUCAGCUAUGGCCCAUUUGAUGCAAUUCUUAGUGACAAGAUCCAGUUUCCUUCCCUCUAUCAGAUGGCCCCCAAAGACACUUCUCUCCACCAAGGUGUUGUCCAUUUAAUGGUAUAUUUUGAAUGGAACUGGAUAGGACUGGUUGUCUCAGAUGAUAUGAGAGGGGAAAAAUUCCUCUGGGAAAUAAGGGGGGAAAUGGUAAAGAAAGGUGUUUGUGUGUCCUUUACAGAAAAAAUCCCUGUCAGUGAAAGAACCCAAAUGGAAUCACAUAAGACCUUCAUGCCCAGGAUCAUGACAUCAUCAGGCAAAGUGAUUGUCGUCCAUGGUGACACGGAUUCAUUAAUGAUUUUGAGACAUUCACAAGUUCCUAUAUUCCAAAUAGAGAAGGUGUGGAUUGCCACGUCUCACUGGGACAUUACUAUGAGGCCCCUCUAUAGUCAAGGUUUUGCUUUCCAUGGGGCUCUCACAUUUUCAUACUUGACAAGAGAAAUUCCUGGAUUCAAGACUUUUCUUAAGACAGUUACACCUACAAAAUAUCCACAUGAUGCUUUACUGAGGGGAUUCUGGCUCUCUGCUUUUAGGUGCCCAAAUCAACCAGAAUACCUAGAACAAGAAUUAUGUUCACCCAAUGCUUCCUUGGACACUUUACCAUUGGGCUCUUUUGAUAUGACUAUGUCAGGCUUUAGCUACACCAUCUACAAUACUGUCUAUGCUGUGGCUUGGGCUCUCCAUGAAAUAUCUAGAAGAAAAUCAGAGAAAAGAUCAAUGGUAAAUGAAGAAUACUUAGUACCUUAUUCAUGGCAGCUUCACUCUUUCCUAAAGAAAACCCAAUUUACCAACAAUGCUGGUGACCAGGUGUUUGUGGAUGAGAGGAGAAGAUCUGAGGCUCAAUAUGCCAUUAUGAACUAUGUGUUCUUUCCAAAUGAAACUGACGCUCUGGUGAAAGUGGGGCAGUUUGUCCCCAAAGCUCAAUUUGGUCAAGAUUUCACAAUCUGGGAAGAUGCCAUAGUGUGGGGCUGGUGGGGCUCAAAGGUUCCCAGUGCUGUGUGUAGUGAAAGUUGUCUUCCUGGAUUUAGGAAGAGUCCUUUGGAGGGGCAGCCUAACUGCUGCUUUGACUGCUCUCCAUGCCCAGAAGGAGAAAUUUCCAGUCAGAAGGAUGUAGAACAUUGUACAAAGUGUCCAGAGGAUGAAUAUCCAAAUAAGCAGAGAGAACACUGCCUCCCCAAGGUUGUCACCUUCCUAAAUGUGAAAGAAUCUUUGGGGAUGACUCUGGCCUUCAUGGCUGUCUUCUUCUCUUUACUGACAGCUCUGGUUCUGGGGGUCUUUGUGAAGUUCCAAGACACUCCCAUAGUCAAAGCCAAUAACAGGACUCUCAGCUAUACUCUCCUCAUCUCCCUCAUCUUCUGUUUCCUCUGCUCCCUGCUCUUCAUAGGCCAUCCUACCACUACCACAUGUCUCCUACAACAAACAGUAUUUGCAGUUGUCUUCACGAUGGCUGUUUCCUCUGUUUUGGCCAAAACCAUCAUAGUGGUUCUGGCUUUCAAGGGUAUCAGGCCAGGGAGCAGGAUCCGCAUGUUCAUGGAUCCUAGAAUGUCUGUCUAUGUUGUCCUCAUCUGCUCAGGGUUGCAAGUGAUUUUCUGUGGCAUUUGGUUGGGAACUUAUCCCCCCUUUCCAGAGGUGGACACACACUCUCAAUAUGGCCACAUCAUCCUUAAAUGUAACGAGGGCUCUGCCUUUGCCUUUUACUGUGUCUUGGGCUACAUAGCCCUUCUGGCUCUGGGGAGCUUUAGUGUAGCUUUUCUGGCCAGAAACCUGCCUGACACCUUCAAUGAAGCCAAGUUCAUCACUUUCAGCAUGCUGGUGUUUUGCAGUGUCUGGAUCACUUUUCUGCCCACAUAUCAGAGCACAAAAGGGAAGGCCAUGGUGGCUGUGGAGAUCUUCUCCAUCUUGGCCUCCAGUGCUGGGCUACUGGGCUGCAUCUUUAUUCCCAAAUGUUAUAUCAUCCUCCUGAAGCCAGACAGAAAUACUCAGGGUCAGAUCAGGAAUAAAUGA